CACAGAUUUAAGGGGAUCCUUCGCUUUCUCCAUCUCUCUUUUUCUUCUCCCCGUCGGUUUUCAUUGUGUAGGGAAGACAUUCUCGUCACCGAGCAGAAUCGGAUGCCAAAUCAGGUUCCUAAAAGGAAACAAAAAGAAGAUUUUUCAACUGAGACUGAGGAAGGGUACUAAUAAACAAAAUAGUUCUAAUGUGCUCCAGGAGAACAAGUUGGAUAUCUGCACGAUAUCAAACUCUGUUUCUCGGUGUAGCAUGUCUCUUGUUCAUACUGUACAAGUAUUUUCCUUCUCUAUUUUCACUUAUUCUAUAUUCUUACCCCCUCAUCAUUUGCACAACAAUUUUUCUUGGGAUCCUUUCGAGAUACCGUAAACCAGAUGCUCCCAAAAAGGAAGAUGACAGAAAAACUCGCAGAAGUUCAUCCCUGAAGAUUCAGUCCGUUGAAAACAGUCUUAGGGCCAAGAAAGAGGAAAGCUUCAAACUCAAGGCUCAUGUUGGAAGUAGAAGAACAUUUAAGAAAAUGACAAUCAGAACAAUUGUUUCAGGUGAUACAAUACAUAAUGCACCUAGCAAAGGAAUAGAAGAUAAUCAAGUCAAUCAAAUAGAUGCUGCAACUGUUGCUUCGAGUAGCUCUGUUGACAGAAAGAGUUUGACUGAAGACGAAGAACACUUCAAAGAAAGUCUAGGUGAAGGUUUGCAAAAUGCAAGUGAACAUAUUGGUCCUCCAACUUAUUCAGGUGAAAAGAACAUUACAGUUCUUGAUGUGAAUGCUGACAAAACUAAAUUGGACCAUUAUGUUGAUUCUUGUUUGGGUUCUCCAUGGUAUCACGUUGAUCAUCAGGAUGCUUCUUUGGGUUCUGAAUUUGAUCAUCAGGAUCCUUCUGUUGUAAAUGCUACACCGAUCCUUGGUGAGCUUGAUCCACAUAUUUCCAAGGGCAUUUCUGAGGAUAAUUCUGCAUCAUUCUCGCAGAAUCAUGUCAUGGAUGAAGGUACGGAAGCAGAAAACCAGGAUGACAAUGGGGCACAGGAGGAGAAAGAUGACAGAAACAAAGUUGGUGUAACAUGGUCUGCAGAUGAUAAGAGGAAACUUAUGGAUCUUGGAGAUUCUGAAGUUGAAAGGAAUCGCCGAUUGGAAAACCUGAUCGCCAGAAGAAGGGCUAGAAAAGCUAUGGAGAAAAAUAUAAUUGACUUGGAUAAUAAUAUGGAGACAUCAGAAUCUCAUGGUCAGCUUCCACCCAUAUCUAUUAAUGCAUCAAGAAGGAACCUAUUCAGUCUUCCCUAUGAUUUAGAUGAGUCUAUUCCUGGUUCGGCUCCUUCUAUACUCCUACCAACACGAAAUCCAUUUGAUCUUCCAUAUGAACAAGUAGAUGAUGAGGAGAAUUGGGGCCGUAAUGAGUUUGUCACAAUUCCACAACGUGAUAUUUUGUUCCGAAGGCAUGAGAGUUUCACCAUCGGUGCUUCAUUUUUUCUUGGUGGCUUUGAGCAAGACUGGUAUUCCUCUAGGUUCGGGUCUUGUGUCGGUGAAGAAAAGAAUGAGCCACAGGACACAGUUCAUGCUGAUCUCCGUGAACUAUUAGGUGAAGUUAGUGAUUCAGAGAUGAAUUCUACUCUAGAAUCUGACUCAGCUUCCUCAGUCGCUAACCAGGAACAUCAAAAAGACUUGUGUCGAGAGAGUGAGUCUCCUGUUAAGCACCAGGUAGGCCAUUCUGAACAAGACAGUCAAUCCUCAGAGGACAUUGACUCGAUGAAUGCUGAACAAAUAGUGUGUCAGAUGAACUUGAAUAAUGAUCAAGAAAAGAACGAGCCACAGGACACAGUUCAUGCUGAUCUCCGUGGACUAUUAGGUGAAGUUAGUGAUUCAGAGAUGAGUUCUACUCUAGAAUCUGACUCAGUUUCCACAGUUGCUAACCAGGAACAUCAGAAAGACUUGUGUCGAGAGAGUGAGUCUCCUGUUAAGCACCAGGUAGGACAUUCUGAACAAGACAGUCAAUCCUCAGAAGACACUGACUCGAUGAAUGCUGAACAAAUAGUGUGCCAGAUGAACUUGAAUAAUGAUCAUGAAACUCAAUUUACUGAACAUAUUAAUCAAGCCACUGAAGAUUCUGCAACUGAAUCUAACUGGGAACGCGAGGAAGACUUAUGUCAAGAGAGUGAUUUUCCUAAAAUGCACAAGGUGAAACCCGAUGAACAAGAUGGCAAAUCCUCAAAGGAUGCUGAAUCCAUGGAUGUUGAACAAGUAGAGUGUCAAAUGAAUAUGAAAAAUGAUCAUGAAACUCAAUUGAGUACUGAACAUAUUCAUCAAAACACUGAAGAUUAUGGAGCUGAAUGUGACUGGGAACAUCAGAAAGACUUGUGUCAAGAGAAUGAUUCUCCUGAAAAACACAAGGCAAAACCUACUGAACAAGACAGCCGACUCUCAGAGGAUGUUGGACAAGUGGAGUGUCAGAUGAAUGUCAAUAAUGAUCAUGGAGCUCAUUUGAUUAACCACAUUUAUCAAGCCACUGCAGAUUUUGGAGCUCAAUCUAACCAGGAACAUCAACAAGACUUGCAUCAAGAGAGUGAACCUCCUAAAAAGCACAAGGCAAAACCUGCUGAACGAGACAGCAAAUCCUUAAAGGACAUUGAGCCAGUGGAUAUUAAACAAGUAGAGAGCCAGACGAACAUAAAUAAUGAUCAUCAUGAAACUCAUUUGAGUACUGAACAUUUUCAUCAAGAGACCGAAGAUUUUGGAGCUGAAUCUAAUCAGGAAUAUCUGAAAGAAUUGCACCAAGAGAGUGAAUCGCCUAAAAAGUGCAAGGCAGAACCCACUGAACAAGACAGCCAAUUCUCGGAGGACACUGAGCCGGUGGACGUUGAACCAGUGGAGUGUCAGAUGAACAUGAAUAAUGAUCACGAAACCCAUUUGAGCACUAAACAUAUUCAUCAAUACACUGUUAAUUCUGGAGCUGAAUCUAUCCAGGAACAUCAGACAAACUUGGGUCCAGAUAGUGAAUCUCCUAAAAGGCACAAAGCAGAACCUGCUGAACAAGACAGUCAAUCCUCAGUGGAUGUUGAAAAAGUAAAGUGUCAGAUGAACAUGAAUAAUGACAAUGAAACUCAUUCUAGUGCUAAACAUAUCCAUCAAGCCACUGAAGAUUUUGGAGCUGAAUCUAGCCACGAACACCAGAAAGACUCGCAUCUGGAGGGUGAAUCUUUUGAAACACACAAGGCAGAACCUGGUGAACAAGGCAGCCAAUUCUCAGACGACAUUGAACAAGUAGUGUGUCAGAUGAACAUGAAUGAUGAUCGGGAAACUCAUUUGAUGACUAAACGUAUUCAUCAAACCACUGAAGAUUUAGGAGAUGUCAAAGGCGACAUCAGCAAAAAAUUGAUAUCCUGGUCACCCAUUUCCUAUGCGGAGAGGGAAGUUGCUGAUGAGAAGUGUGAGUCAAAUUCCUCUAUUUUAUCAGAAGUAGAAAGGAAUAGUCCCAAAACAAGCACUCAUGAACAAACAGUUAAUAUAGAACAAAUAAAUAGUGGUUCCUGCAGAGGCUUGACUGUUUCAACAGAAUCAAUUGCUAUAGAUUCUGAUGUUGCGAAUGUGGAAGCAGAAAAGGUUCAUGACAGUCAUGUAGAGGAGUCUCUUUCUAUUUCUAGUCCAACAGCAACCAGAAGUUCACAUUCAAAUUCAUCAGUGGUUGAUGAGAAGUGCAAGUCCAGUUCCUCUAUUCCAUCAGAAGCAGAAAAGAAUAGUCCCAAAAUCAGCACUCAUGAACAAACGGUUGAUAUAGAACAAAUAAAUAGUGGUUCCUGCAAAGUGUUGACUGUUUUGACGGAAUCAAUUGCUUCUGAUUCUGAUGUGGGGAAUGUGGAAGCAAAAAAGGUUCAUGACAAUGAUGCAGUGGAGCCUGUUUCCAAGUCUAGUCCAACAACAAUGAGAAAGUCCCAUUCAAAUUCAUCAGUGACUGAUGAGAAUUGUGAGUCCAGAUCCUCUAUUCCAUCAGAAGCAGAUAUAAAUAGUGGUUCGCAUGAAGGCUUGACUGUUUCGCCAGAGUCGAUUGCUGUAGAUUCUGACAUUGUGAAUGUGGAAGCAGAAAAGGUUCAUGACAGUCAUAUAGUAGACCCUGUUUCCAAUGCUAGUCCACUAGCAACCAGAAAGUCACAUUCAAAUUCAUCAGUGGCUGAUGAGAAAUGUGACUCCAGUUCCUCUAUUCCAUCAACAGCAGAAAAGAAUAGUCCCAAAAUCAGCACUCACGAAAAAACAGUUGAUUUAGAACAAAUAAGUAGCGGUUCCUGCAAAGGCUUGACUGUAUUCACAGAAUCGAUUGCUGUAGAUUCUGAUGAUGUGAAUGUGAAAGCAGAAAAGGUUCAUGACAGUCAUAUAGUGGAGCCUAUUUCUAAUUCUAGUCAAACCGCAACUAGAAAGUCACACCCAGAUUCAUCACUAGUUGAUGAGAAGUGUGAAUCCAAUUCCUCAAUUCCAUCAGAAUCAGAAAAUAAUAGUCACCAAAUGAGUAAUCAUGAACAGACAGUUGAUAUAGAACAAAUAAGUAGUGGUUACUGCAAAGGCUUGGCCAUUUUGACAGAAUCUUUUGCUGUAGAUUCUGAUGUUGUAAAUGUGGAAGCAGAAAAGAUUCAUGACAGUCAUAUAAUGGAACCUGAUUCUAAUUCUAGUCCAACAGCAACCAGAAAGUCACAUUCGAAUUCAUUGCUCGAUGAAGCUUACUAUACUGCAGAUAAAGAAGGUUCAACUUACGACCAAUCCUUGGCCUCUGGCACAGAGACAAGUCUUUCAGUUGUAGGAUCAAUUAUGAAGACAGCUGAAACAGACAUGUUAUCAGGUGGAAAAACUGAAGAUAUCUUGAGUCUAUCAUUCAAAGAUGAGGAUGACUCAGUAUCAAGGGGGCUAUCCAUAAUCAAGGAGACCAAUGUUAUUUGAGAUGAAGUGUCUAAAAUUCACCUAUGUUGGCAGAGCCAGCAACUAAGCAGAGCAUGCUUCAACCAAUUUUUUCUGUGGAGACUGAAUCAAGUAAAGAUAGUUAACACCAACAUAGAGUAUCAGAAAAUAGUUUGCCUUAUUCAAGUUCAUCUCAUAGUCAAAUGUGGCACUUCCCAACAACUUGUGCAAAUGUAGAAUAAAAAAAUAAUCAUAUUCACCAUCAUCUCAACUGUCAGAUACUUGUUCAAUUUGCAAAUUGAAAUUGUAAGUUCUUAUCAUUUUCCUCUACUUGUUGAAUAUAUAUGGACAUGCUAAUAAAUUUGUUUUCUGAAAGCCUAU